AUGGCGGAUAACAAUGACCCGGCCUUCAUGCCACUGAUCCCAGGCAUGCGGUCGUGCCACUACGAACAAAUGACCAAGCCGCACUUCCGCCGAGGCCAGCUCCUGGAGCGCAUGUCGAUAGGCAAACUGACCUCGACCGAAAAAAUGCAAUCGGCACCUGCGACCGCAUUUCGCUCGAGCAGGGUCAGACGCGUCGUCGUGUGCUUCUACCUGAGUGACCGAUCCAUCUCGAUCUCCGAGCCUCGAGUGGCGAACAGCGGCAUUUCACAGGGAGAAUUCAUGCGACGAACUGUCGCUCGGAAGAGCGGCAACAAGAGCAACUCGUUGCCUCGGGAGAAUAUCUCGGACGACUUCUACUCGCCUGAAGACUUUCGCAUCGGCGGGGAGUUGCGUUUGUACGGGCGAAUCUUCCACAUCGUCGACUGUGAUGCUGCGACCAGGAGUUUCUACUCCGAAGCGCUUGGCGAGACGUUGGCAUCGCCACGCAUGUACCCGGACGAGUCAAGAUCCAGAAUGGACGAGGUCGACGAGCUGAAGAACACACUGCGCGUACGCACCCGCGCACUUGGGGCCAGCAAGGCGGAAGCCACGCGGAAAUUCCACGACCUGAGCCAAAAGGUCCUGCGGUUCUACGCGUCCUGGCACGACGAUCACCCGCUGUAUCCCGAGACUCGACACUUUGUGAUUCACUACUAUCUGUGCGACGACACUGUGGAGAUCGUGGAAGCCCGUGACAGAAAUCGAGAACGUGGGCGAGGACAGUUCGGUGUUUUGCUUUCGCGUAGGAAGCUGGCAAGAGAGCCCAGGACAGGCAAAAGACAGCAGAAUGACGACAAUGAAGAAACCUACUUCAUUACGGACCGAGACUUGCGGUGCGAGAAGUUCGAGCCGCCAACUCUUGAAACACCACAAACUGCUCCAAAGUGGAAACUCUUUCAGGCUGCGCAGCCACCUCAGCCAGCUCUUGCUUCAAACGGCCGAGGCACUAGCGGAUAUUCCGCCAACAACAACAACAGCUGCAUGCAAGGCGGUCUCGUAGCUCCGAUCCCAGGCGGUCAGAGUUGUGGACGAAGUUUCGUGACCCCGCUCUGCCGAGACGAUGAUCUGGACGGGAAGCAGUUGCGCUUUCGUGCACGCUUUCAAGGACUCCCACGCGGCGACAUGAACGCACAGCGAGAAUUCGUCGUCACCUACUUCUUGGAGGACGAAACGCUGGCAGUAUUCGAGCCACGCGUACGGAAUUCAGGGGUGUUAGGUGGCCGCUUCCUCGACCGCGCUCGUUUUCGAAAAUAUCCUAAGCUUUCAAACACUACCGGGGCACGAGAUGGAACCGUUCCGAUGCACUACCAGGCAUCCGACAUGUAUUCACACUUGGUGACUCUGACAACCAUGAAGAAUGUCAUGGGUCGAGCUGGAUUUACUUCAAGCAUGAACGAACAGCAAGUGAUAACCUUGUUCCGGAGGUUUGCGAGCGAUCCCGUCGGGUUCGAUAAUAACCAGGUUCAGGAGCCACUUUUCGCGUACGACGACUUCUGCGAUAUCCUCGCGGCACUUGUGAACAAACCGCCAACCCACGAGGAGCGUGGAGAUCCAGCACGCAGCAUAAGUUCCAAACUGAUGAAAAUCCCUAGACGCGGUUUGCCUCCAGUAAUGGGAGGAUUGACAUCCAUCGCCUGUGCGACUACGUCUUUCAAUUACCCACCGGCCACCAGGAAGCCGUCGACUCCAAGGAUAUCAAUUUCAGCUUGGAUUUCGGUGGUGGGGGAGACGAAGCCUUACCUCCAGGGUCGGCGAGUACUCCUUCAACAAAGAGAUCGGAAUACAACACAGAAACACCUCUGCUGUCUGCUCGGAAAACUACGGGAGGGGUGCAGACUACUCAACCAUUAG